UGCAGCGCCACGCACCAGCAGCAGCAGCAGCACUCAUCAUUUCUAGCGGAGCCUGGCACAGAGACGCAGCGCUCACAUUUCUCCGUCAGGCUGCUGAAACUUCUGAGACAGAGAGGCGGACAGAUCCUCCUAGCUCGUCCCACUUAGUGGAUUAAAUUCACGCUCUCUCUUCUUUCUUUUUCCUCCUCCUUUUUCUCCCUCCUCCUCCUCCUCCUCCUCCUCUUCCUCCUCUGGGUUUCGUGUUACAAAGCCUUGGGAGGGGAGUUGCGCGUAGAGGAGCCAGUUCUUCUGUGCAGAAACUGAAUGACAGGAUCAUAUGGCACGAUUUGCCUCUUUUAAGUCCAAACAUUUCGUAUCAGAGAGGACACGGGAGAGAGGAACCGCGGACCGAUUCGUCAGAGGUUGAUGGGGGAUGUGGAAUAAUUUAUAAGUCAAAGGGGGAAAAAGAAGAAGAAAGAAACAACAAACGCCAGAUAAAGGAGAGAAGGAGAAGGAUAGCCUGCUGGAUCCGUCGGCUGUGGAGGGGGGGAGGCAGGCAGGACGCAGCGGCUGCGAUCAUCAGCGUAAUAAUAAGGCCAAUGUGACCUUCGUCUGAGUCGAGUGUCGCUGUUCAACACUCACAAAGAAGAACUCCACGGCGAACACGAAAAAAGAGAACGAAAAAAAACAACCAAGAGGAGAUUGAAAGGGAAGCACGGAGGCGCACCGGGGAGGAGGCGAAAAACAAGUAAGAAAAGAAGAAAGCAGCCCGCCGACUCAUCCGUCCCUCUGUCCAUCACCGAGCAACAGAUCCAGAAAACCGGAGCUGACUCGGCAGCCAUGGGUGGGACGAGGGUCUUACUCCUGAUGUUGCUGGUUGGAUGGGAAAGGUCAGCGGCUCUCAACUGGAACCCAGUCCCACGCAAGACCGUUCGAUACCAAGAUGGGCAAGACAGCAUGGCGAGGUUCAGCGUUCAGGGAGUGUUCAACUACAGCAUGCUGACUCUGUCCGACCACGAGAGGGUUCUGUACGUCGGCGCCCGGGAAACUCUGUUCGCCCUGGACCCCAACGACAUCAGCAGACAGCUCCGACCACAGAUCGACUGGCCGGCUCCGCAGGACAAGAAGAGGGAAUGCGUCUCCAAGGGGAAGAACAACCAGACUGAGUGCUUCAACUACAUUCGCUUCCUGCAGAGCUACAACCACACGCACCUCUACACCUGCGGCACCUACGCCUUCCAGCCCAAAUGCAAUUACAUCAAAGCAGACGAUUUUACCCUCAACCCGGCAGCUCUGGAGGAUGGGAAGGGCAAAUGUCCAUAUGACCCUGCCAAAGGCCACACUGGCCUCAUUGUGGAUAAGGAGCUGUACUCAGCGACGCUCAACAACUUCCUGGGUACGGAGCCGGUCAUUCUGAGAAACCUGGGCCAGCAGCAUUACAGCAUGAAGAGUGAAUACUUGCCUGCCUGGCUAAACGAGCCGGACUUCGUGGGUUCGGCCCUGGUGAGGGAGAGCAGCGGCAGCAAAGACGGCGACGACGACAAGAUCUACUUCUUCUUCAGCGAGCGAGCGCUGGAGCUGGACUGCGACACCGAGCUCACCGUGGCCAGAGUGGCCCGUGUCUGCAAGGGUGAUCUGGGCGGGACCAGGACCCUGCAGAAGAAGUGGACCACCUUCCAGAAAGCCCGGCUGGAGUGCUCCCUGCCGGAGCGCCACGUCUCCUUCAACAACCUGCGGGCCGUCUUCACGCUGCCGGGGCCCGACUGGCGGGGGACGACCUUCUACGGCAUCUUUCACGCUCAGUGGGGCGACGUGGACGUGUCGGCCGUGUGCCAGUACCAGAUCGGCGACGUGAAGAAGGUGUUCGAAGGCUCCUACAAGGAAUACAGGGAGGCGUCACAGAGAUGGGGGCGAUACACGGGCGCCACCCCCAGCCCGCGGCCCGGAUCGUGCAUAACUAACUCAGACAGGGAGAACGGCUUCAACAGCUCCCUGCAGCUGCCCGACGCCACGCUCAACUUCGCCAAGAAACACCCACUGAUGGAGGACAAAGCUCUGGGUCGCCCCCUGCUGCUGACCAAGGGCGUCAACUUCACCAAGCUGGCGGUGGACCGGGUCAGCGGCCUGGAUCAGCGGGCGUACAACAUGCUGUUCAUCGGCACAGCUCAGGGCUGGCUCCAGAGGGUGCUCAUCCUGGGCUCCGAGGCCCACGUGAUCGAGGAGAUCCAGCUGUUCGACUCGGCCCAGCCCGUGGACAGCCUGACCAUCUCACACUCCAAGAAGUACUUGUACAUCGGAUCUCGUUCCGAGGUUCUCCAGCUGCCCUUGGCCAACUGCAGCCGCUAUCAGUCUCAGCCAGACUGUCUGCUCGCCAGGGACCCCUACUGCGCUUGGGACAACGAGGGCCGGGCCUGCGUCCGCAUCGACCUCCACCGAGGGUCCACCUCCUCCCUCUCCCAGGACCUCAUGCUGGAUAGGUUUAGCCGUGGAAAAGCCAAGUUUGAUAAGCCUGUCUCCAUCCCCAGUCCUGAGCACUCCCGUUUGAGAAACGUAACGGUGGUCGUUGGGUCCGACAUGGUGCUGCCUUGCCAGCUCGUCUCCAACUUGGCCCAGCCCUUCUGGGUGGUCAACGACCGCGAGCUGCAGCUGGGAGACCCGGAAGCAGGAGGACCUCGCUUUGACCGGACCCUCAGAGCCCUCAUCGUCCCCGAAGCGGGCCAGAUGCAAGCCGGCCGCUACAUCUGCUACUCCGAGGAGCAAGGGGUCAAGUUUCAGACAGAGCGCUACCAGGUGGCAGUCGUCGCCAGCGCCCCGGUGUUCAUGGAAGCCCGGGCGCCGGACAGCAGCAUGGGGCUCUUCUGGGUGUUAGUCAUCACCCUAGGAGCGGCGUGCCUUCUCCUCCUGGUGGCAGCUCUCUACCUGCGCAGGAGGCUGAAGCUGGCAUUAGGGAAGGGUGCUGACAUGAAGCCUCUGGAGAGCACCCUGGUCUACCCCAUUACCCUACCCAAGGAGCCGCCCACCUUCGUGCCCAGCAAGAUGCCGAGCGACGAAGACCGCUUCUGGGAGACGGGCGCCAACUACUACUACUCGGACGGCUCGCUGAAGAUCGUUCCCGGCCACGCCCUGGGCCCCAGCAGCGUCAGCAGCACGGCGUCGCCCAGCGCCAUUCCCGGCCAGCCCAUCCACUCCCCAAGCCGGCUCAGCCUCACCAACAUCCGAGGCUCAGGUAGCAAUGGCUACAUCCGCCUCAACCUGAGCACAGCGGGGGAGGAGAGGGCUAGCGGGCCCGGCGUUGGGGGCGGCGGGCUGGGAGGGCUGGGCGUGGGCGGGAACGACUACUCCAGUCCCUUCAAGGAGGAGCUGAGACGCACCCUACAGCAGAGAAGCGUCCUGCCCGACGCCAACCCAGAGGAGUCGUCCGUCUAGGCCUUUCUCUCCUCCGUCUUUAUUCCCCCCCGAGGUGGAACAAGAAAUUCAACCAAAGCUACCUCGCCUCCUUCCGAGGACGCCUGCUCUCUCUCUGUCUUUUAGCGACACGCUGUCCACUCCCAUGCUCUCUCUCGUCUCACUCUGCCAAUGCCUGUUUGGCUCUCCGUAGACUUCUAUUAGCGCUCAGCAUGUUCAGCACACACACACUCCGCAUACCGUGUUUGCCAACAGUUGCUGUGUUUCGGGCAACACAGAGUCUUGGUUGUGACCGUCUCUGCUUCCACUGUGCAACUGCCACUUGUGUACAUUUUGUAUUUAGAAGACCAAAAAAAAAAAAAGGUGAACACAAAGGAGACCCACCUCAAGCAUGGAACCCCCCCCUGCCCAACAAACGGUGUUAUUUUAUUCUUUCACAUGGGCACAGCUCGUUCUUUUCCUUUGAGCUCAGCCUCUGUUCUGGUACCAGUUAACAACGAGGGCCGACUAACUGAAAAUAUGGAUUAUUUUGUGUGUGGAUGUGUGUGUGUCUGCUUGUGUUCCUUGAGACGCAACUGCUUACUGCACUUAAAAAGCUGGAAGCCUGUCUUUCUUCGUUUUUGUAUUUGUGAGCCAGGAGUGAGAGUGUGAUCCAAAAAAAAAAAUAAAUCUCCAAGCAAGACGACAAUCAUGUCCCCGUGGCAGGAGCUGUGUGUGUGUGGGGGGAGAGGAAGAAAGGAGACAAAAAAUAAAGAGAAAGGAAAUGAGACGGAGGGAUGGAAGUGAGGAGAGUUUCAAAAUGAAGGACAAUCUUUAAAGACUUUUUUCCUGCUCGAUUUUAAUUCUUUUCCUGCUGGAGGACUCCUUCGAUUUCUUCCGAUUUAAUUUAAUGUGACGCUCGGUUUGAAUUGAGACGUUUCCCGUCUCUCUUUCUCUUCGUGGUGCCGUUUUGUUUGACUUCUGGACCACGGCAGUGUUCAAACGGUUUGCUAGUGACUAAUGGCUCACCUCUGUGAACGACAUUACUCGUCGCUCAGUCCCGCACGGUGACCUUCAGAUCCACUCCGCUCCGUGUGACAUUUAUCCGAGUGGCGGCGUGUGACAGACGGGUGUCUGGAUUUGGACCUUUUUUGAACUCUCGUUUCGGUCUUUGGAGAAGAAAGAAAGGCUUUGCUCAUGCAGAGUUGAUUGCGAAUCGAAGCCGACGCGAAGACGAUCGGCGCACAGAAUGUAGUGGAACCCUUAUCGUCGCGACGGCUGUGGAUGUCCCAUGAAAUGCUUUAUUUUAUUUUGUCUUUUUCUCAGUGUUUUGUGAAGAAGGUGGCAACUUGCACUGCCAAGAAGGAGACUACCACUCCGGAUGCAAACACACACUUGUUUUGAUUGUUAAGGAGCCCAGCCAUCCAGGACUACAGAGCGAAUGUGAAGCACCCGUAGAGCCCAUGGAACCCCAAACCCCCGACCUCCCUUCACCGAAGCCUAGAGACUGAGCCGGGGCUACUGUGGACACCUACACUACAAGAACUCACAGUGUUCAAAUGGAGGAAAUGGACCGACAGACUGAUUGCUGCCAUGCUGAUAAACUACUGGCCCCAGGCGGAAAGAUGCCACGAAGAAGUGAAAGUGUUUUUUUUUAUUUAUUUUUGUUUCAUCGUGUAUCUUGUGGAUGUGCCUGUGGAGACCGGAGGAACGCAUGAAGGAGCCGGAAAGUAAAGUACCUUGUGUUGUUCCCACUGUGUACAGAGCGACGGAAAAAAAAAAUAAUCUAAAGAACCCUACGACUGAGGAGGCCGUCAGCCAUCAGCACUUCAUCCUACUGUUGCAUGAUCUUUUCUGCAAGUGGACUGCACACCUUCGAUAAUGAUCAUCCCUGUGCAAAAAGUGAAACAUUUCCAUCCCUUUUUGGACUCUUUUUUUUUUUUCUUUUCCAGGCUCUGACGUUGUGCAAACACUAAAGAUCUCUUGACAAAAAAAAAAAAAAAAGACAAAAAAAUAAAUAAAAAACCAGCAAAAUUUCACGCCUCAAGAGCUGUACAGUAAAUUCAUGGCUGUAUUUCGACAUGUUUACUUUCUCUGUGGCUCUUCACUGUUCCGGAAAGAAAAGAAAAGGAAAAAAAAAAAAAAAACCCAGCCAAA